AUGCGAUGGACUCAUGAGAACGGAAUACCAGAGACGGCCGCUUCGUCGAGUUCAGAUCCUUUCUGGAAAUGGCUCCGGCCAGGGCGGACCAUCUUGGGUUGGUGCAGAUCGGAGAAUAAUUUAAUGAAUUUAUGCCAUCAGUAUGUCUCCUGUCUUUCGAAAUGGGCACGAGUUUCCGCUGGCACUUCCCUCUUUUGUUCCCGUCAAGAUGUGUUGUGGGCACUGCCAAGUACAUGGCCAGAUGCUUACACGGUAAUAUCCAUGGGCAGGGGUGGCCAUCAUGCUUUUCAAGGACCUUUCAAGGGCAUCUGUGCCACUAGAUACAGAAGCAAGGUCAUCUCAAGCCAGUCAGAGAUAGACCGGCCAAUAUCCGUAGAGGCGUGGCCCAACGGCAGAAGAAGGCCCGGAACUACCGCCGCCUGUGGUUCUCUGGGGCAGACAACCAAGCAUCUGCCGCGGUUGUGGCCGAGAGCCCAGAGCAACAGCAGCCUACAGUAG